UACAAGUUCAAACCUUGCGCGAUUCUGUUGCAUAUUUGGCGGGUUGCGUUGCAAAAGCUCUAUCUUGUUCUGCUGUCUUGUUCGGAGAAGUGCGAAUAAACGUAUUAACACAAAACUGCUGGCAGGAAUAAGCUUUCAUUAAGCUCAUUCUUUUGGUCGAGUUGAAGCUGAGAAAUUCACGGUAUCGAUUCGAGACGGCAAUAGUAGGCUUAGUUUCAGACUUGUUCGUCUUUCGGCUCGGCAUCUGUGAUAUUUAUAGAAGAUUCCCAGGAGUAGAGUACUACACGUGCGAUGACAAACAGACUAAGCGAUUCAGGGGCAAUCGAUUUCGAUGUAUUAACGAAAGACAAUUAUCGAAGUUGGCGAAUGAAAGCCGAAGCCUUGUUGAGAGUAUCUGAUCUUUGGGAUCAUGUCGACGAGGACGAAAAAUCAUCCGCGGUGGGUGAGUUAUGGAUGAAAAAAGAUGGAAUAGCUAAAUCAAAAUUGAUUUUACAUAUAAGCAGCGAGCUGCUUCUGUUGCUCGAAAAUUGCACAACUGCGCGCGAAGUUUGGUUGAAACUUGAAAAUGUUUAUGAUAAUAGAGAUAAAGACAGCGAAGUUUCAACAGAUGAUUGUGAAGAUAACGAUGAAGAUGUCAUUAUAAAUGCUAUUGAAGAUAGUGCUGAAGACUUUUUCAACAAAAUCAAUGAUUUAUCUGGGAAAAAUUUGAUGAAUUAUAAGGAAUUACUCAGCUCUACCUUCACCAAUGGUUUAUUCUCGCGAUUGAAAAAAAAUAAUGCUGAAAAUUCGCGGGAUAAAGAAAAGAUCGUAAACACUGUCAAUGAUUUUAUCGCUGUCAUUGGUAAAUUAUCCAAUAUUGAAAUACAGAAACAACAGAAUGAAUUGGUCUCCAAGCUUAUUGAUACUUUACUUGUGAUAUUUGAUAUUGAGCCACAUAAAAAUCAUAUCGAUGAAGCAAAAAGUGAUGCUGACGCAGCGGAAAUACCAUAUGAUAACAUGAACGGUGACAAGAAGAUAAAAAAAGAUGGAAUGAUGGGUCAAGAGAUUUCGUCACAAGCCUCUGAUAAUACGAAUGCCGAGUUAUUCGGAGACGAUGAGACCGAUAAUGAAACAGAGGCUGAGGCGGAGACUGAGACAAGAAAUGUAUUGGGAAAAUUGGCUGAUAUCUGGAGGAAAAUGUUGCAAUCCAAAGAGCAGGUCGAUCAUGAGGAAUUUCCGUGCGAGUUGGAAAACAGAGAUUCGAUACGCUCAGUCAUGGAUUCUCAUACUCCACUGCCUACACCAAGUCUUGAGAAAACGCGCGAAUGUGAAGUGUGUCGCGAAGAAGGGCACAACAGAACGACCUGUCCAAUGAAUAAAUCAACUGCAUCCCAGUCGGUAAUUCAAGCUUUUAGAGCCACCGAAAGUCCCAAGAGAUCAUAUCAGUGCGGAGUAUGUGGCAACGAAGGACACAACAGUACGACCUGUCCAAUGAAUAAAUCAACUGCAUCCCAGUCGGUAAUUCAAGCUUUCAGAGCCACCGAAAGUCCCAAGAGAUCAUAUAAGUGCGGAAUAUGUCGCGAAGAAGGACACAACAGAACGACCUGUCCAAUGAAUAAAUCAGCUGCAUCCAAGUCGAUGAUUCAACCUUCCAAAGUCACCGAAAGUCCCAAGAGAUCAUAUAAGUGCGGAGUAUGUCGCGAAGAAGGACACAACAGAACGACCUGUCCAAUGAAUAAAUCAGCUGCAUCCGAGUCGAUAAUUCAACCCUCCAAAGUCACCGAAAGUCCCAAGAGUUCAUAUAAGUGCGGAGUAUGUGGCAGAGAAGGACACAACAGAACGACCUGUCCAAUGAAUAAAUCAGCUGCAUCCGAGUCGAUAAUUCAACCUUCCAAAGUCACCGAAAGUCCCAAGAGUUCAUAUAAGUGCGGAGUAUGUGGCAACGAAGGACACAACCGAACGACCUGUCCAAUGAAUAAAUCAGCUGCAUUCGAGUCGAUAAUUCAACCUUCCAAAGUCACCGAAAGUCCCAAGAGUUCAUAUAAGUGCGGAGUAUGUGGCAGAGAAGGACACAACAGAACGACCUGUCCAAUGAAUAAAUCAGCUGCAUCCGAGUCGAUAAUUCAACCUUCCAAAGUCACCGAAAGUCCCAAGAGUUCAUAUAAGUGCGGAGUAUGUGGCAACGAAGGACACAACCGAACGACCUGUCCAAUGAAUAAAUCAGCUGCAUUCGAGUCGAUAAUUCAACCUUCCAAAGUCACCGAAAGUCCCAAGAGUUCAUUUAAGUGCGGAGUAUGUGGCAGAGAAGGACACAACAGAACGACCUGUCCAAUGAAUAAAUCAGCUGCAUCCGAGUCGAUAAUUCAACCUUCCAAAGUCACCGAAAGUCCCAAGAGUUCAUAUAAGUGCGGAGUAUGUGGCAACGAAGGACACAACCGAACGACCUGUCCAAUGAAUAAAUCAGCUGCAUUCGAGUCGAUAAUUCAACCUUCCAAAGUCACCGAAAGUCCCAAGAGUCCAUAUAAGUGCGGAGUAUGUGGCAGAGAAGGACACAACAGAACGACCUGUCCAAUGAAUAAAUCAGCUGCAUCCGAGUCGAUAAUUCAACCUUCCAAAGUCACCGAAAGUCCCAAGAGUUCAUAUAAGUGCGGAGUAUGUGGCAACGAAGGACACAACCGAACGACCUGUCCAAUGAAUAAAUCAGCUGCAUUCGAGUCGAUAAUUCAACCUUCCAAAGUCACCGAAAGUCCCAAGAGUUCAUAUAAGUGCGGAGUAUGUGGCAGAGAAGGACACAACCGAACGACCUGUCCAAUGAAUAAAUCAGCUGCAUUCGAGUCGAUAAUUCAACCUUCCAAAGUCACCGAAAGUCCCAAGAGUUCAUAUAAGUGCGGAGUAUGUGGCAGAGAAGGACACAACAGAACGACCUGUCCAAUGAAUCAAUCAGCUGCAUCCGAGUCGAUAAUUCAACCUUCCAAAGUCACCGAAAGUCCCAAGAGAUCAUAUAAGUGCGGAGUAUGUGGCAACGAAGGACACAACAGAACGACCUGUCCAAUGAAUAAAUCAUCUGUUUCCGUGUUCAAAACUACGGCUGAUAAAGCCACCGAAACAUCACAUGAAGGCGGCGUACGUGGUCAACAAGGACACGAGAGAUGGACGUACUCACAGCUGGGAUCAGUUACUUCAUCACCCAAACCUGCUGCAUCCAGCACUCCUGCGAGAUCUCACGGAUCGGGACUAUUUGGAGGAGAAGAACACAACAGAUCAACACGCUCGCGCGAUUCUGUGACAUCCAGGGCUUCAACGAGAGCCACUCCUAGAUGCAGUACCUGUGGCGGUGAAGGUCACAACAGUAGAACUUGCGGCCGUCGCAGCACUUCGUCAUCGUCCUAUAACUACAUGUUCACACCAUCUCCUUCGAUGUCAUUCUCUGGGGGUGGUCGCAGUUAUACGUGCGGAAAUUGCGGUGGUUCAGGACACAAUCGGAGAACAUGCCCAUACUAAUUUGCAUCACAAGGUGUCGACGUAUUUCUCAACAUUACUACAAAUAUGAAACGUGAACGAAAACGUCGACUUGUGCCUUCCAUAUUUUUCGUGAUUAUUACUUAUGUAUAACAUUUUCCGAAACAUCAAAUAAAACUAUACUUUUGUUUCCGGUCAAGCAUA